AUGGCUUUCGUAAGAUCACUAUUGCAACAGACCAAGCAAACACAAAUAUCUUUACGAACUGCAUUAACUGUAUCAAGUGGGAAUAAUAUAAACCAUUGUCAUUUAAUACUGAGAAGGAGAGUAAUAGGAGGAGGAAAAAAUAUUGAAUGGGUUUCGGGGAGGGGCUUGAGGCUUUAUUCGACCGAAAAGAGUGAAGAGACCGGCAGGCUCGAAGAUAAUGUUGGUAGUGUCAAUAAAAAUGAUGAGAUAAUUAAUGGGAAUACAAUAAAGGGGGAGAUGCUCGAGAAAGCGGAGGCGCAUACAACAGCGCCUAAUGAUGCAUUCAACAACUCUAAAGAAUCAGCGGCUGAUUUACAACAGGCUUCGUUAAAUAAACGGGAAUCUUCUGAUCCCAAAUCCGAAUCACAAACACCUUUGGAAGAACCCUCCACGUCGUCAUCAUCUUCUUCCUCUUCCGACUUUUUUCAGCCGAACCCAUCUCCUAGACCCAAAUCGAGAAAAGUCUAUCAACUACCUCGUCAGAACUUUGUCCAUCCCUUUCCAAUAGCCCUAAUACUUCUCUCCACUGGGUUAACGGCACUGGGCAUAUAUCAAUUCUAUACUUCGAACGUGAAUAAAUAUCCUGAAAAUGUUCGCGCUCAUUUACGCAAAGCUUUAUUCUACCAACAUUACGGUGACGACUUGACCACUGCUGUCAAAUAUUACAAACUGGCAUUGACUGAAGCAUUAAACGACUCUUCAUUGCCAAACAAUUCUCCUGAAGUCACAGGCAUUAUGAUUCAACUAGGCAGCGUCUACGAAGAUCUUGAUAAAACAAGAGAUGCGAUCGAUGUGUAUUCGAUGGCAUACGACGCUAUAGUAACACGAAACAAUGGCAAUGUUCUGGCAAAGUUGGAAGGAGAUAAUCGAUUGCGUUCUAUAGGAUUAGCGCAGAGGUUGGGCGAUUUGCAUCAUAAUUUGAAGCAGGACGAUCAGGCAGAGAAGUAUUAUGUAUGGUCUGUAGAACAACUACUGGGAGCGACCAUCAUGGAACGGCAAGCAAGAGGAGAGGAUGCGGGGAAGGGAGGAUGGUUUUUUGGAAAGAAAUUAGAUAUUGAUCCAUUACCUAGCUGGUUGAUAGCUACGGAUUUGGGUGCGUCUUUGGAGGCCUUGGCUGCUUUUUAUUCGUCGAGGCAUAAGUAUGCAUAUGCGUUACCGCUAUAUCUUCGUGCGCUAUCUCUGCUCAACCCGCCUGAGACAUCAUGUCACUCUGUAGUUCUCAUGAAUAACAUAUCAGAAGUAUUUACGGGUAUGGGAAAUUAUCAAGAGGCAAGAGGAUGGGCGGAGAGGGGGUUAAAGCUUGUUGAAAAGUUUCAGCGUAAGCGCAAGAGUAACCAAGAAUGCGAAGAAAGUUAUGGCGUACUAUUAUUUAAUUUGGGGAUGAUCUCUGAGAUCACAGGUAAUUUGACCUCUGCUGAGAAUUUCUAUGAGAGGUCAAGAACACAUGCAAAGAAAAUUGGCUUUACAGAUUGUGUCUCUGAAGCUGAUAAUGCAUUACAAAGAAUUAUGACUAAUAAUAAGGAGGAACUUAGAUCUGUUUGA